AUGCCUUCAGUUUACAUGGGAGAUAGGGUGGAUAAUUCUACGUCGAGCAUGGGAACUAAUUCUAAAGAAAGCAGUGUUGUCACUGGGAAAAAAACAUACAAAAACCUUCUGGUUGCCUCACGACCUAAAGGUUUUGCACAGAGAAAUUAUGAACAACUUGUGUCAUUAACCUAUGGUGACUUUGGAAGCAGUGCUGUGGGUCGUGUCACUUUUUUUUUACUCAAAGUUGCUGCAUUAGAGACUGUGAGGAGGUUCUCCAAGAGUAGAUGCCCGUGUGUAUGGCGAGGCCUGCAGGGUUUACAGAUCUUUGUCUAUCCACCAUUCAAAUGGAUUCAGAGAUGGGCACCCUUCAGGGGUUUGGUGAAGAGCAUGCAGGUACUAUCAAGACCACUUUUAUUUCUAUCAAUUGCAACAGUUGUUACUGAUCAACCCGAAUGUAGUGAUGGAACCUCAGAUUGUGUUGUUGAUUCUCCUGAUUCUGAAGAAUCUCCCGAACUAUCUCCUGCACAAGCUAACUUCAAUACAAGUCAGUGUGAGAUAGAUCCUGAAGUUUUAGAAUACGAAAACUGGUUGACUCUACUUAAUCAAGAACUGGAAAAUCAAGGGAUUAGUUUGCCAGAAAGAAUCAAUGAUGAUGAGCUCCACAGAUUUUACACAGCUUCUAAUAAUGACUUUUCAUGCUUCCUUACCUCAAUCAAGAAGACAAUACUGUGGCGGGAGAAUUACAGAUUUCUUUCAGGAGAAGAGCUGGAAAUCUGGUCAAAUAUGGUGUUCUGGCAUGGAUUUGAUGUUUUGCACAGACCUUGCCUCAUUGUAAGGCUUGGGAUAGCCUGUCGCUCUUUGGCCUCUGAAGAUAGACUUCAUUUUGCUCAGGCAGUUAUAUCACAGGUAGAAUACGGAGUCUUGCACUUGCUAGAUGCAGACCACCCUCAAAUGGCAGUAUUGGUGGACUGUGAAGGGUUAUCUCCAUUGAGAAUUCCCAUGAAAAUGAUGAGAACUUGUUCAUCCCUUCUGCAAGAUUACUUUCCAAAUCGACUUGGUUGUUUGUUUGUCAUCCGACUGCCAGCAAUUGUUCGUGUUAUUGCCCAGACUUUUAUUCAGGUUUUGAAGCCAGCUACUAAGAAGAAGUUGAAGAUAGGGGGGGAGAUAUAUCGGAAAGUACUUUUUGAAAAUUUUCCAACACCACCAUCAUAUCUUGGAGGAAGCUGCACUUGCAUGAAAUGUUCUAAAAUUGGCAACUGGAAUAUGCUGCAACCUCAUUCAACUGGGACGAGCAGAAUUGAUAGGGAGCAGGAUAUCAGUGACAAUGGGGGUUUGCCAUCAUCACUGCAUCCAUCUAACGAAUUAGAUGAGCUUCAAGUCAGCAAUUCUGACCAGCUGUUGAGAAAGGCUGUCAUAAGUUUUCUCGUAUUUUGGGUUUUCGUAGCUCUUGGUGCUGGAAUUUACGAUCCUGGUAGUCGCCGCUUAGCCCCAUAG